AUGUCUACUACAACCAAACCCCAUCGGAAAGGCCUGAUAGGCUCACCUUCAAACUUCUGGAUACACUCUUCACAAUCCGGAUUCGAUCUCACACACCCAGAAACACAUUCAUCGCCGCCGUCGGGAAAAACCCACACCAUCCAAACAACCACCCAACCCAUCACAAUAGACGCAUCAAAGUCUGCCCUCGUCAUAAUCGACAUGCAAAACUUCUUCCUCUCCCCAGCCUUCGGACGCAACCAAAAAGGACCCGGCCACGCCGCCUGCACGCAACUAAUCACGCACGCCAUCCCCGGCGCGCGAAAAGCCGGAAUCCGCAUAAUCUGGGUAAACUGGGGUCUCACAGAACAAGAAGUAAUCGACAUGCCACCGUCUGUAAAACGGGCUUUUGGCUUCUUCGCAAUACCCGCAGACAGCGACUUUGGCCCCAGCGACGCCGCCUUCGCCCCCCACGAAGAUAGCAUAAGCGUCGACCGACACGGGGAAGAAAACGCUUCCGUCUACCGCGGCAUCGGCGCUGACAGCGGUACCUUAACUCUUCCCGAUGGCAAAACUGUUCAAGGCGGUAGACUACUCAUGCGCGAUACGUGGAAUGCGGCUUUGUACCCCCCUCUCGACACCAUAUACGCCCAAGGCAGCAAACUCGCCCACAACCCCGACGUGUUAAUCCACAAGAACCGGAUGAGCGGGCUGUGGGGUGCCACAACGCCGUUGAAAGAGUUCCUAGACGAACAAGGUAUUAGGACGUUGUUUUUCACGGGCGUGAAUACGGAUCAGUGUGUGGGCGGGACGUUGACGGAUGCGUUUAGUAAUGGGUUUGAUUGUGUGUUGUUGGGGGAUGGGUGUGGGACUACGACGCCAGAGUAUGCGCAGUUGUGUUGGGAGGAUAAUGCGGCACGGACGUUUGGGUUUUGUGCGAGUUGUGAGGGGUUUGGUAGGGGGGUUGGUGGAGGGUAG